UCCUGUGGGCAGCACUUGACGUGCCUGAACCCUCUCUUUUCUGCAAUUCAAGGGAAAGACGAGAUCUUGCACAAGGUACCCUGCGUUUGCCCUCCACCAGGGAAAGCAGGCAUGGAGCUUCUCUGGCUGCUUAUCCUGCUCGCCGUCACAGAGCUGCCCGGAGCCCACAACACGACGGUGUUCCAGGGCAUGGCAGGCCAGUCCCUGCAGGUCUCCUGCCCCUACAACUCCUUGAAGCACUGGGGAAGACGCAAAGCCUGGUGCCGCCAGCUGGAUGAAGGGGGCCCGUGCCAGCGGGUCGUUAGCACCCAUCGCUCAUGGAUUCUGUCCUUCCUAACGAGGCGGAAUGGGAGCACGGCCAUUGUGGAUGACGCCCUGGGUGGCACUCUCACUAUCACGCUGCGGAAUCUUCAAGCCCACGAUGCUGGCCUCUACCAGUGCCAGAGUCUGUACCGGGAUGAGGCCGACACCCUCAGGAAGGUCCUGGUGGAGGUGCUGGCUGACCCCCUUGAUCACCUGGACCCUGGAGAUCUCUGGAUCCCCGAAGAGUCCAAAGGCUUCAAGGACAUCCAUGUGGAGCCCAGCAUCUCCAGGAGUCUCUCCAAAGAGGACAUGCCCUUCCCACCCACUUCGAUCCUUCUCCUCCUGGCCUGCAUCUUUCUCAGCAAGUUUCUAGCAGCCGGUGCCCUCUGGGCUGUGGCCUGGCGUGGGCAGAAACUGGGGACACCCCUGGCCAGUGAGCCGCACUGUGGCCAUGACCCAGGUUACCAGCUCCAGACCCUAACAGAUAUUUUCUGUGCCAGAUACCAUUCUAGGUGCCGGAGACACAACAGUGAACAAAACGGGUCAAGAUUCCUGCCCACACAGAGCCACGAACUAGUGGGAGGGGAGGAAGACAGACACAAUAAACGUCAGCCAGAUGGUGUGUUAAAAGAUAAAGAGCUGAGGGGGAGCCUGGGUGGCUCAGUCGGUUAGGCGUCUGCCUUCGGCUCAGGCCAUGAUCCCAGGGUCCUGGGAUUGAGCCCUGCAUCGGACUCCCUGCUCUGUGGGGAGC